AUGUGGAAAACACUGUCAGCAACAUUUCGUUGUGAAGGUAAAAUUGUACUAACUAUUGAUUCAAGUGGAAUAGCUUCUCUAUUACUACCAGGAGGAAGAACAACACAUUCUAAAUUUAAGAUACCAGUACCAACACUAGAUAAUUCAGUUUGUAACAUUGAACAAGGAUCUGAAGCUUCAGAGUUCUUAAAGAAAGCUAAAAUUAUUAUUUGGGAUGAAGCUCCAAUGGCGCACAAAUUUUGUUUUGAAGCUUUAGAUAGAACUCUAAAUGACAUAAUGAGUGGUAUGAGAAAAGAGAAUUCCAUUUUUGGAGGAAAAGUGAUAGUAUUCGAAGGUGACUUUAGGCAAAUCCUUCUUAUUAUACCAGGAGGUUUACAAAGCAGUACUGCAUGCGAGAUUCUAGAAUUCUCUGAUUGGAUUGUUAAAAUUGGUGAUGGGGAAGAAAAAGAAUAUCUUAGUUCUGAUUCAGUGGAUGCUUACAACGCUAUCACUUUUGAGUUCCUAAAUUCACUUACUAUGUCUAGACUUGUUAACCAUAGAAUCAAACUAAAGAUUGAAGUACCAAUAAUGCUUUUGAGGAACUUGGACCAAGCUGAAGGAUUAUGCAAUGGAAGCAGAUUAAUCGUGACUAGACUUGCAAACCAUGUCAUAGGUGCUAAGUUGAUAAUAGGUAACAAAGAUGGACAAGAAAUUUAUAUUCCUCGAAUGUCAAUGUCGCCCUCCCAAUCCCCAUGGCCAUUUAAGCUAAUUAGAAAGCAAUUUCCCAUCAUGCUGCUAUAUGCAAUGACAAUAAACAAAUCUCAAGGGCAGUCACUAGAUUUUGUUAGAUUGUAUUUGCCGACACCCGUAUUUAGCAACGAUAAGCUCUACAUUGCAGUUUCUAGAGUUCAAAGUAAAUCUGGAUUAAAGAUAUUAAUCCAUGACAAUGAGAACAAACCUUCUAGCAAAACAACAAAUGUUGUUUACAAAGAAGUGUUCCAAAAUGUAUAG